AGGAGGGAGAAGGAGAGUCUGUGAGUCGCCGAGAGGCAGCGCAGCGGCUGCUGUGAGGAGUCCGCGUGCGGAGCCGCCGGCGGCCCGACAGCUCGGGGCCGGGGCCUGGACUGGGACCCGGAGAGGCCGGAGCAGCGCCGGGAGCCUGAGGCCGGAGCCGAGGAGGAAUGUGACCUGGGGUCGGCGGGGGCGCGGGAGUACGCGAGCGCAGGGAUGGGGCAGCAGGUGGGCCGCGUCGGGGAGGCUCCGGGGCUCCAGCAGCCGCAACCUCGCGGGAUCCGGGGCAGCAGUGCAGCCAGGCCCUCCGGCCGCAGGCGGGACCUGGCGGGGCGCACCACAGAGGCCGGCUUCAAUAUCUUCACCCAGCAUGAUCACUUUGCCAGCUGUGUGGAGGAUGGCUUUGAGGGAGACAAGACUGGAGGCAGUAGUCCAGAAGCCUUGCACCGCCCCUAUGGUUGUGAUGUUGAACCCCAGGCGCUGAACGAAGCCAUCAGGUGGAGCUCCAAGGAGAACUUACUUGGAGCCACCGAGAGUGACCCUAAUCUCUUUGUUGCACUUUAUGAUUUUGUAGCAAGUGGUGAUAAUACACUCAGCAUCACUAAAGGUGAAAAGCUACGAGUCCUUGGUUACAACCAGAAUGGUGAGUGGAGUGAAGUUCGCUCUAAGAAUGGCCAAGGUUGGGUGCCAAGCAACUAUAUCACCCCAGUGAACAGCUUGGAAAAACAUUCCUGGUACCAUGGGCCUGUGUCACGCAGCGCAGCGGAAUACCUCCUCAGCAGUCUAAUCAACGGCAGCUUCCUGGUGCGAGAGAGUGAGAGCAGCCCCGGGCAGCUGUCCAUCUCGCUCAGGUAUGAGGGGCGCGUCUAUCACUACAGGAUCAACACCACCACAGACGGCAAGGUGUACGUAACUGCUGAGAGCCGUUUUAGCACCCUUGCGGAGCUGGUCCACCAUCACUCCACGGUGGCGGAUGGGCUGGUGACAACAUUACACUACCCAGCGCCCAAGUGUAAUAAGCCAACGGUUUAUGGCGUGUCCCCCAUCCAUGACAAAUGGGAAAUGGAACGAACGGAUAUUACCAUGAAGCACAAACUUGGGGGUGGACAGUAUGGAGAAGUUUAUGUUGGCGUCUGGAAGAAAUAUAGCCUUACGGUUGCUGUGAAAACAUUGAAGGAAGAUACCAUGGAGGUGGAGGAGUUCCUAAAAGAAGCCGCAGUGAUGAAGGAGAUCAAGCACCCUAAUUUGGUGCAGCUCUUAGGUGUGUGUACUUUGGAGCCACCAUUUUACAUCGUGACUGAGUACAUGCCCUAUGGCAACUUGCUUGAUUAUCUCCGAGAGUGCAACCGAGAAGAAGUGACUGCGGUCGUGCUGCUGUACAUGGCCACCCAGAUCUCUUCCGCAAUGGAGUAUUUGGAGAAGAAGAAUUUCAUCCAUAGAGAUCUCGCAGCCCGUAACUGCCUAGUGGGAGAAAACCAUGUGGUAAAAGUGGCUGACUUUGGCUUGAGUAGAUUGAUGACUGGAGACACCUAUACUGCUCAUGCUGGAGCCAAAUUUCCUAUUAAAUGGACAGCACCAGAGAGUCUUGCCUACAAUACCUUCUCAAUUAAAUCUGACGUUUGGGCUUUCGGGGUCCUGCUGUGGGAAAUCGCUACAUAUGGAAUGUCACCAUAUCCAGGUAUUGACCUGUCUCAGGUCUACGAUCUACUGGAAAAAGGGUAUCGAAUGGAACAACCUGAAGGAUGCCCCCCUAAGGUUUAUGAACUUAUGAGAGCAUGCUGGAAGUGGAGCCCUGCCGACAGGCCCUCUUUUGCUGAAACACAUCAGGCUUUUGAAACCAUGUUCCAUGACUCCAGCAUUUCUGAAGAGGUGGCUGAGGAGCUCGGGAGGGCUGCCUCCUCCUCAUCUGUUGUUCCCUACCUGCCCCGACUGCCUGUACUUCCUUCCAAGACCCGGACACUGAAGAAACAGGUGGAAAACAAGGAGAAUAUCGAAGGGCCACAGGACGCCACAGAAAAUUCUGCGUCCAGUUCAGCACCAGGGUUCGCUAGAGGUGCACAGGCCCCCAGUGGGUCCCCAGCGCUGCCUCGAAAACAAAGAGACAAGUCACCCAGCAGCCUCUUGGAAGACGCCAAAGAGACUUGCUUCACCAGGGAUAGGAAGGGAGGCUUCUUCAGCUCCUUCAUGAAAAAGAGAAAUGCUCCCACACCCCCUAAACGCAGCAGCUCCUUCCGAGAAAUGGAGAAUCAACCCCACAAGAAAUAUGAACUCACGGGUAACUUCUCAUCUGUUGCUUCUCUACAGCAUGCUGAUGGGUUCUCUUUCACUCCUGCCCAGCAAGAGGCGAAUCUGGUGCCACCCAAGUGCUAUGGGGGGAGCUUUGCACAGAGGAACCUCUGUAAUGACGAUGGUGGCGGGGGCGGGGGCAGCGGCACUGCUGGGGGCGGGUGGUCUGGCAUCACAGGCUUCUUUACACCACGCUUAAUCAAAAAGACACUGGGCUUACGAGCGGGUAAACCCACAGCCAGUGAUGACACUUCCAAGCCUUUUCCAAGGUCAAACUCUACAUCUUCCAUGUCCUCAGGGCUUCCAGAGCAGGAUAGGAUGGCAAUGACCCUUCCCAGGAACUGCCAGAGGUCCAAACUCCAGCUGGAAAGGACAGUGUCCACCUCUUCUCAGCCAGAAGAGAAUGUGGACAGGGCCAAUGACAUGCUUCCAAAAAAAUCAGAGGAAGGUGCUGCUCCAAGCAGGGAGAGACCAAAAGCCAAACUUCUGCCUAGAGGAGCCACAGCUCUUCCUCUCAGAACCCCCUCUGGGGAUCCAGCCAUUACAGAGGAGUCUCCGGGGGCGGGGGUGGCUGGAGUGGCAGCUGCCCCAAAGAGCAAGGAGAGGAAUGGCGGAGCACGACUUGGCAUGGCUGGGGUCCCAGAGGAUGGCGAGCAGACGGGCUGGUCUUCUCCCGCCAAGGCUGCCGCAGCCCCCCCAACCACUCACAACCACAAAGUGCCGGUCCUCAUAUCACCCACUCUGAAGCACACUCCAGCCGACGUGCAGCUCAUUGGCACAGACUCUCAGGGCAAUAAAUUCAAACUCUUAUCUGAGCAUCAGGUCACAUCCUCUGGAGACAAGGACCGACCCCGACGGGUAAAACCAAAGUGUGCCCCACCCCCACCGCCAGUGAUGAGACUACUGCAGCAUCCGUCCGUGUGCUCAGACCCCACGGAAGAGCUGACCGCCCCCGCUGCGGGACAGCCCACGUCAGAGACACAGGAAGGAGGGAAAAAGGCAGCGCCGGGGGCAGGGCCCGGCAGUGGGAAAGCUGGGAGGCCAGCGGUGCCUCCGCCUCAAGUGCCUCUGCCCACAUCUUCUGUCUCGCCGGCCAAGAUGGCUAACGGCACAGCAGGUACUAAAGUGGCUCUGAGAAAAACCAAACAGGCGUCUGAGAAAAUCUCCGCAGACAAAAUCAGCAAGGAGGCCCUGCUGGAAUGUGCUGACCUACUGUCCAGUGCAAUCUCGGAACCUGUGCCCAACAGCCAGCUGGUGGACACCGGACACCAGCUGCUCGACUACUGCUCAGGCUAUGUGGACUGCAUCCCCCAAACCCGCAACAAGUUUGCCUUCCGAGAGGCUGUGAGCAAACUGGAACUCAGCCUGCAGGAGCUGCAGGUGUCCUCAGCAGCUGCUGGCGUGCCCGGGGCGAACCCUGUCCUUAAUAACUUACUGUCAUGUGUACAGGAGAUCAGCGAUGUGGUUCAGAGGUAGCCACUGUCAGCCUAGUGGGAAGGUGCUCGCGUUGCUGAGGGGAGAGGGAGAGGGGCUUGUUUUCCUGUGUUCUUGUUUUCAAAAAAUGAAAGACUGAUACUUGAGUGUGUUUAUGUGAAGUACCUCAGUUCUCUGAGUUCUCACGUUUACAGGUUCAUCUCAAAAAUAACGAAAAGCAAAACACAUAGGACAGGGAAGCUGGGUGGGGGCAGAGCAGCAGUGGACGGGAGCGGAAGCUGCACUGGAUGGAACGUCAGGGAACGUGUGUGUGUCCCACCACGGAGGAGCGGGUGGCGCGAGGUGGCCGCGCGGGGCUGCUCCCGACAAGACCGCGGGACCGCGCCUGCCCAGCGGAUUGGCGGUGGCUCAUUCUGCACCGC